UCUUUCAUUUUACCGUUAACGGGAAUCAGAAGAGAAGGCAAUUCCCCUUUCAAAAGGCAUAACCUAGAGAGAACAGUACACACACAACACAACAUCCAAAAAGGCCACGUUAAGAAAAUAAAAAACAUAUGUUAGAAGGAAAAAGAAAUCACCGAACUAACCCCAUGUGCCCUUUCUUCCAAGACAUCCAAAGCACAUUCCCACCACCAUCAUUCAGUACCGCACCAACAAACACUAUAGCAGAAUUGAAUUAAACCUUUCACUCCAAAUCCCUUUCUAAUUCCCCAACCACGAUGCCUGAAAUGGACGGUUCCUCUGCCAAACCCCCACAAAUCUCAGAAAUGUUCCAGAAAUUCGCCCUCGCUUUCAAGACCAAAACCUUUGAAUUCUUCUCCGACGAAAACGCUUCUCCCCUUGACGACAUCGACGGUUUCUCUCUCCUUGACUCCACCGAAGAGAUCAUCCCCGACCAAAAAGUCGUCGUCAUCAAGCCCGACCCCGAUCCCUCCCACAAUUUUUCUCCGCCGCCGCGCUCUCCGCCUCCACAAUCCCCGCUUGAAUCUCAAAAUCCUCCGCCGCGAUCUCCGCCUUUACAAUCCCCGCUGGAAUCUCGAAACCCCCCGCCGCAGAUCACUCCUCCGGCCCCCAAAUCUCCCGAGCCCGAAAAGGCGCCGGCGUUAACCGAAGCUCAGAUCAAAGAAACGGCACACGCCCUGAUCUCUUCGGUCUUCGCUGCCGUCUCCGCCUUCGAAGCUUCCUACUUCCAGCUCCAGAGCGCGCACGUGCCGUUCGUGGAGGAGCAAGUAACGAGUGCAGACAAGGUGUUGGUUUCGCAUCUGCAGAGGCUGUCGGAGCUGAAGAAAUUUUACCUCGCUCCCGAACAUCGUGGAUUUCCAUUCGGUUCGUGUUUGGAAGCUGAAGUGGAGGAGAAUCAGAGCAAAUUGAGAACCCUCGGCACCGUCUCGAACCGCUUGCAAUGGGAGCUGGAGCAGAAGCAUGACGAGGUGGUAGCCCUAAGAGCCAAACUGGACGAGUUUCACAGGGGUAACGUGAAUUUGUCUAAGAAGCUUUGUGCUAGCGCUUUGAACCCCUCUUCUGAUGUUUUGUUAACUGUUAAGGUGUUCGAUUUAUUGCUGCACGAUGCUUCUAGAGCGACACAUCGGUUUACCAAGAUUUUAAUCGGUUUGAUGAGGAAAGCAGGGUGGGAUUUGGGCUUAGCGGCCAAUGCUGUUCAUCCCAAUGUUGAUUAUGCCAAGAAAGGUCACAACCAGUACGCGCUUCUGUCCUACGUUUGUUUAGGGAUGUUUCAUGGUUUUGACUCCUUAGAUUUUGGAAUGAAAGAAACAGUGUCCAACGAACACGUUUGUUCGGAUGUGGACAAAAGAGACAGUUGUUUGAAGCAACUGCUUGAGCAUGUGUCUAGCAAUCCCAUGGAUUUGUUGGGUAUUCACCCUGGUUGUGAGUUUUCGCGGUUCUGUGAGCACAAGUAUGAGAGGCUCAUCCAUCCAUCGAUGGAGUCGUCCAUUUUUGUCAAUUUGGAGGAGAAGGAGGCUGUGUUGAACUCGUGGCGGUCCUUGAGUAUGUUUUAUGAGGCGUUUGUUGGAAUGGCCAGUGCCGUUUGGACACUUCAUAAGUUGUCCUACACGUUUGAACCCGCAGUCGAGAUUUUUCAAGUGGAAAGAGGAGUGGAGUUUUCUAUGAUAUACAUGGAAGAUGUAACAAAGAGGUUGACCUGGCCAAACAAGGGAAGGGCCAAGGUGGGAUUCACUGUGCUUCCUGGUUUUAAAAUUGGCACGGUAGUUAUUCAAUCGCAGGUUUAUAUAGGUACUUUCAGAUGUACAGACAAGUCUAACCAGAGUUCUUCUUGAAGUUGUGG